GCAAGUUCGAUAUAACCAACUAGCCUUUCAAAGUUUGAUAAAGAUAGUUGAGCCAAACUUUGUGCUUCCACUUCAGCUAAAUUUAUAGGGUGAAGAUAAGGAGUAUUUAGUUAGCAAAACGAUGUCUUUAACUAUUGGUUAUUGGUCCCUUAGAGGGCUGGGAGAACCAGUGCAUUUAGUUCUCGAGUACCUCGGACUUCGCUAUGAGAAGAAGACUUACCAUUACCAUAUUGAAGACUUCCAAGAAUGGUUCGCAAAGGACAAACUCGAAAUUGGAAUGGACUACCCCAACCUGCCUUAUUUAAUCGAUGGCGAUUUCAAAGUGGCACAAACUCUCACUGUACUGAAGUACAUUGGGCGAAAGUAUGGACUGUUUGGAUCCGAAGACAUCCAGAAACUGGCGAAACAGGAAGAAGUGCUGGAUAACAUCCACUUUCUCAGAGUGGAGUGGGCCAUAAUGUGCUAUGGCGAGGACUAUGAAACUAAGAGGGCAGAGUAUUAUGGAGAACAGGGCAUGCGGAACUUUGCAGACCAUAUGAGUUAUUUUGAAAAGGUUCUCGGGAGACAAACAUGGUUGGCAGGGGAAAACGUUUUUGUCGGAGAUUUCUACAUGUGGCAUCUCUUGGACAUAAACGAACUGUGUGAGCCGACUUGUCUCGAUAAUUUCCCCAACUUGAGAAAAUUUAAAGCAGCGGUCGCAGAACUGCCACGAAUUGCUGAAUAUUUGAGUAGCGACAGAUAUAAAAAGUUCCCAAUUAAUGCAUCAAUGGCUAAAUGGGGAGGUGGCAGCGAAUGAUGGUGUUACUCUAACGAAAUACAACUAUGCUGAAUAUAAAAACUACGAGCAAAGAUGAAAUCUAUCUUCUGUUUAUAAAUUAUAAUCUUGUUUUAAUCGUUUGAAAAAUUCCAUUGAAGCGCUCAAAACUUAAAAAAAGAUACUUUCGAACUUGCUCAAGUAAUUUAGAUCUUUUAGCUCUAGUUCCCAACGAGCUGCGAUUCAUAUUUGUAAUUAUCAAGAACUCAA